AUGUUAGAUUGGAACUUGGUGCUCAUUGCUAUUCUUGCUGAUGAAGAAGAAAAACCAGAAGCCAGAAAGGCUUUGAAAGAAACUAUUCCCAGUUUUGACUCGGUGUCCCUAAAACUACCGGAUGUUGCUUCGGCGUCCUUAAGAUAUAUUUUUUUUCGGGGUAUGCCGAGGUGUACCUUGACACUUUUGACCUGGCAUGCCGUGCCGAUAGUGGGCGCCGGGCCUUAG